AUGAAGGUCGAAGGCCAACUACCCGCCCUGAGCCAUCCGCCCCCGCCACCCUCAGACCAAGAACAGCUCGAGGAGCCUGCCGCGAUAGAGGGAGAUGCCUCAUCCGGCUCAACCGCCGGAGUGAUAGAGAACGCCUCGCCGGCACAGCAAAAGCCCACGAAGAAGUCCAUUUUUGGCGCAUUGAUAAGCCGCAAACAUGCCUCUGGCGAGACCAGUCGUCCGGCGCCGGCGCCUGGACCAACCGAAGACAAGAGCGAGCCUGCGGAUGUAGCCCCGAGCAACCCGCGUAUCCGGUUCGCUGCGUUCCUGGCCGUCGAAGUGCGCGGCAAAGGUCCUGCAACGGUGCUGAUCAAGUCGCCCGUGUGGCUAGUGGAAUAA